GGCCAAAAAUCAGGGAGCAGCACAUCAAGACAAUGCCAGGAUUAAAAAAUCGCACCACAUGGGCACCGCUGUUGCUGAAGACAUCGAGCAUCACUUCCUGUGCCAACGGCUGCUCUCUGGGCAUUACUGCUCAUCUAACAUAUGUGAAUACUGACCAUGAACCAGUGGAGGGUGUGUUUGUGUACCCUCUGAGCGAGAAAGAGGUCGUGGUGGGUUUUGAGGCAGUGGUAUCCGGCAGACUGGUCAGCGUGGAACUCCAGAGCCGUGGGAAGUUGGAAGACUGCUGUUUGGACUGCCUUCCAGGAUCAGCUCUGCAUACCCAGUGUGGCCACAGCAAGGAGUGGGGCUGCUGUGGAGGAACAGGUCUUGAGAUACAGUGCUCCAAUGGUCAUCUAUUGCUGGAUGAGGACCUGGAGAGGAACACCUUCAUUGUGAGCACAGGCCAGAUUGGACCUCUAGAAAUUGUGUCCAUUGUCAUCAGUACCACCCUUGAACUCCCUACCCUUGAAAAUGGUGCAAUCCGCCUGGUCUAUCCCACAGUGCUCACACCUAUAGUCAGAGCUCGGCUUCAACCAAGCAAAAGUGAAAAUGUGGGGAAAUCAGAGGAGAAUAGCCCAACUACGUGCUUUGGCAGUGUGUCAGGGAAGCAGGAGAGGGUGCUAGGAGUUGGGCUGCAGUGUGCUCAUGCUCUGCUCACCAGUUCUGCCAUGAACCUUUCGCCUUACCAGCUUAGCUUCCAGCUUCUGGUCAGAGGAGCCUGUCUGCUUGCCGGUCUGGAAAGCCCCACACAUGCUCUACGGGCGGAUGCUGACCCCAGUGCCCAGUCUGCUUCUGCAACCUACAUCACACUGGCAGAGGAGCAUCCAUGUGACCGACAUCUGGAGAUAAUCCUACACCUGAGCGAGCCUCAUAGCCCACUGGUCAUCCUGGAGAGGGGUCGGCUCACCUUUAGUGAAUAUGAGCAGCAGAUCCGUGCCCGUCGUGAUUUCAUUCGCUGUGCCCGUAAGGAGGCAGAACCUGAGAAGAGGCUGGACUUCGUGCGAAGGCGUUACCAUAAGGAUCUGCUCCUGAACCCUGUCCUGAUGCUUAAUUUCAGCCCAGACCUUCUAUCAGAACCAACAGAGCUGCAGCAGGCCAGCAGAGAGCUCAUCUUCCUCAUUGACAACAGCAACAACAUGACACAGCACAACAUAAACAAGAUCAAGGAGGGGAUGCUGGUUGCCAUUAAGAGUCUACCGACCCGUACAAUGCUAAACAUCUCCGGCAUCUGCUCUGCAGUCCGACCUCUGUUCAGUUCCAGCAAACCCUGCACAGAUAGCACAGUGAUUCAGGCAUUGGAGUAUGUCCAGAAGAUGCAUACAGACCAAGGUUGUGCUAACCUGUGGGGAGCGCUCUCCUGGAGCUAUCGGCAGCCCGUCCACCGUAGCUGCCCACGACAACUCUUUAUCCUAAUGAAUGGAACGCUGAACAUUGUAGGCCGUGUGUUAGAGUUGGUCAGAAGGAAUGCCUGUAACGUUAGGUGUUUCGGCCUGGGCCUUGGUCCACACGCAUGUCGGAGGCUACUGCAGGGUGUUGCCAAGGUUACAGGAGGCAGUGCAGAGUUUCUCAGUGAGGAAGAGAGGCUUCAGCCAAAGCUGAUUAAGUGUCUGAAGAAAGCUCUUGAACCUGUGCUGACGGAUGUACGGAUCGACUGGUAUGUGCCAGACAACGUGGAGGCCCAUCUCUCACCCAAUGAAAUACCUCCGCUCUACCCGGGCAACUGCCUGAUUGGCUACUGUACUCUAUAUGACGUGUCUGGAUUCAGGGUCCAAAAAAGUGAGGUGAGAGUGACGUCUCGCCCGUACAGAGGCCAGACACGUGGAUCGGCCGGGUCAGUUUUCGAGCUCUCUCCCUCCACUUCCGAGCUCCUUCAGCCACUGGUUCCCCCAGAGGAACGAGAGAAAGAGGCAGUGAAAGAGUGCGGAGUGGAUGGAGACUUUGAGGAUGUGCUGAGAGAAAUCUCUCGAGAAAUCUCUUCUGAGUUCCACUGCGCACAUGCUACAGAUAAUGCCGUCAGCCCUGGUGGCGAAACUGACUACAGCAGUAGUGAUGUGCGCUGGCGUAUUCAACAGGAUUCAUACAUUCAGGAACAGUAUAUGUUGACACGCUGUUCUCUGAGUAGUGAGAGGGCCUUCUCCACUGAUUCUCCCCAAGCCGAGUGCUCAAUGCUGGGCAUGGGUUCUCUGCCACAUGGCUUGGAGAGAAUAGAGCCUGCACAAGGCAGAGGCCUCUCACGUUGGGAAUCACCUUGGGCACAGAACGCCAUCUCUUCAGGGGAAACAGAUUCUGCAUCAGGGGAGGCUGGCAAGAUUUUAGACUGUGACGAGUCUCAUCACAGACAGAAGGCGCUGGCUCGAUCUGCUCUGGCUGGCCGAAGUUUCUCAUCUCCGCAGGGAGACAUGGACAUGCACCGCCUGAGAAGGGCGCUAGAGAGGGUCUCAUUUGAGCAGGCUGUGGGGGGGCGGCUUGUGGAGAGCGACACAGAAACUCACACCACUUCACAAGGAGCUCUGUCCCGUCCAAGUGUUACAGACUCCAAUGGCCUCCUAUUCCCCGCCUCCCCACUGGACUGGGACACCUUCACUGAUCCAGAAUGCUUGUUUUCAGCUGCUCCUCCAGGCGAGUCCCAGGCUCCAGGGGCCCAAUGUCGCUCAGUCAUCCAUGGCGUGCUGGGCGGAAGACCUGUGUCCUGGGAUGUCUGUGUGGAUCUGUCCCUUCUCUGGGCCCCUGAGAGCCCAGCAACCCUGCCAACCAGCACUGGGGUCUGGGAUGACAUCGUACAUCAACUGAUGGCUCGCUCUGUCAUCAGAGAUUUUGAAAACAUGGCAGAGAAAAAAACGGAUAUUGAAGUUGAGAGAGGUCCAUCAAAGCGGUACAGAAUGAAAGCUAUCCAGACCAGCAAAAGCUGUGGAAUCGUUUGUAUGUACACAAGCUUCACCACCAAAGACACCAAUGCGAGAAACCAACCUGAUAGCAAAGACACACGACACACAGGUGUGCGGUUUGGGACCAUACGUGGUUCACACUCUGCCAGCAUGAGGCAGAGGUUGUGCUCAGUGGGAUUUGGAUGCCGACCCUCCAGCAAAGGCAGUGAAAAGACAGAGGAUACACACACCUUGACAGACAGAGACGACACACCUGCUUCCCCCUGCAGCAUGACAUCCUUGGACAGCAGCACAGGAGGGAGUAUUAGUCCGUCAGCUGUGUCCUCUCGCUCUCAGCGCUCCAUGGAGAGCUUCUUCGGGUCCAGGUUCAAUCUGGGUAGACUAAAGGGCAGUAAUGGCUCAGGAAAACAGGCUCCUCUCAAACCUCACAUUCUCUCUGCAGAGACUGAUAGACACACUGUGACAGACACACCUGACUACCUGCCACUGGUGCGUCUUCAGUUGGCCUCAGGUGCAUUCUUGCUGUCGGAGUUGUACUCAGAGUGUAUCCAGAUUCCUUUGGAUCGUCUGAAAAGGACAUCCCCAUAUCUGAGCCACCGCAGCAGUCUGAGCCCCCCCUUCCGCUGUACCUCCCCACCUUCCUCUGCUUCAGCUUCAACAUUCUCAGCAAGAAACAGGCUUGAGGACCAAAUUACAGGCAAAGUGCUUCACACCAGCCUGCCCCACCACGAAGAACUGCUCUGGUCUGACCCCCAUAGCUCGGAGGAUGGGUCUCCAAAACUGGUGGUUGGAGUGCCACAGGCUGACAGUGGGCAGGGCUCCGAGGCUGACAUGUGUGAAGGGCCUCCACUGGAACCGGCAGAAGCUCGGGGAGAGGAACUGGCACAGAUGGACAUAAAGAGCUCGAGCUGGGCCACGGCGGUGGCUUUGGCCUGGUUGGAGCAUCGCUGCGCUGGGUUUUUUGUGGAGUGGGAACUGGUGGCGGCCAAGGCAGAUUUUUGGCUGAGGUGUCAAUCACUGCCUGAAGGCGUUGACCUGGCAGGGUUGAGGGCUGCAGCUAGGCAGCUUUUCCUGUUGUUACGCCACUGGGAUGAAAAUAUCAAACUGAACGUGCUCUGCUACAACCCCAAUAAUAUGUGAGGAAGACACACUCGCACCUUAAGCUGCUGUAAGGAAGUUUAGCUGCAUUUCUAACUUCUACCAGAUGUAAGGGGUGUUCACACAUACAGAAAUAAAAUCACUGGAGGAAGUCUCUGUGCGGUUGGGCACUUGUAGCCGUUCCAACUCAGCUGCAGUGUCCAAAGAUUAUUGAGUGGAUCACUGUCUGCACUCUCAUUAGUAGUCACUAUUAGCAUUUCUACUCAUUUGCAUAUGGUUGAGUUCUACUCAAAUUUGUUGUAUUGCCAAUGAAUGACUCAAGGUAUUUUUGUUGCCCCAGGUUGCUUUAUGUGUGAAUUCCCCAUUAGACCACCACUUACUUAGACUUAUACGUUUUCGUUAGAAAACGCAUACAUUUUUCUACAGUUAUGCCUCUC